UCUCCAUAGCUCUCAGCAGCAAAGCUUAAUUUGGCAGUAAUACUCUUCCUCUUUGUAUUUCUCAAAAAUCCCACAAAAAUUCAUGGCCGAAGUUGGGAAACUAAAGAAGCUGAAGUCAGCCAUGAAAAGGUGGCCAUCUUUCACGAAGCUCAGCCGGGCCAACAGUAGCGCGGCCAUCGCGGCUGUGGAUUCUGAGCCUAAGGAAGUGGUCCAUGCGGUUUACGUGGGGAAGUCACGGCGGAGAUACCUUGUGGGGUCUGAAGUCAUCUGCCACCCUCUCUUCCAAGAACUUGUGGACCGGUCCGGCGGUAUUGACGACGGGGAAGUGGUGGUUUCUUGCGAGGUGGUGUUGUUCGAGCACCUGCUGUGGAUGCUGGAGAAUGAUGGCGCUCAGUUGGGGUCCGUGGAGGAGCUGGUUGAGUUCUACACUUGCUAACGAGGAAUUUAUAUAUUGGGGAAAUUAAUUUGUGUAUAAUUAAAGGUUAAUUAGUGGUUAAUGUUCAAGGGGAAAAAAUUGUUUGUACGUCGUUUAGGGAAGGUGAAUAUUCAUUCAAGAACUUUGAUUAGGAUUUUUUUUUUUUUUGCCAUUUUUUCUAAAAAAAAAGUGAAAAUCAA